UUCAAAUGUUAGUUCCUACUGUGGAUAUCUGUUAAAAAUAUCAAAUCUUUAUUUUUCAUUAUAUCCUGCUCAGGGUGUUCUUCUGUAUGGGCCUCCUGGGACGGGCAAGACAUUGUUAGCUCGAGCCAUAGCAAGCAAUAUAAAAGUCAAUUUCUUACAGGUAUAUGAGAGUUUAUACAGUUAGAUUAAAACUACUGCAACAUUUUUUUUUUAUUGAUGUUUCUUUUAUUUUUCUGGCUUGUAAUAAUUGUGAUGAUAUGCUUUCUUUUGCUAUUCUAGGCUGUUGCGAGUUCUAUUAUAGAAAAGCUCGUUGGUGAAAGUGCAAGACAGAUUCGUGAACUGUUUAAUUACGCUAGAGAGCACCAAGUAAGACAGUGGCAUAAUAAUGUAUGGGUUAUUUCAAUAUAAGUUGUACUUGUUUCAAAUGAUUCUUAAAGUCAUUGCUCCUGUUUUCAGCCCUGCAUCAUUUUUAUGGACGAGAUUGAUGCUAUUGGAGGUCAUAGACUAGGUGAGGAGGGUACGAGUUCUGAUCGUGAAAUUCAGAUAACUCUGCUGGAGCUACUGAAUCAGCUUGAUGGAUUUGAUCAACUAGGCAAGGUCAAAUUUAUCAUGGCAACAAACAGACCAGACGUGUUGGACCCUGCACUUCUUCGGCCUGGUCGUAUAGACAAGAAGAUUGAAAUUCCAUUGCCAAAUGAACAGUCAAGAUUGGAAAUUCUUAAAAUUCAUGCUGCUGGCAUGGCCAAGUACGGUGAGAUCGACUAUGAAGCUGUUGUUAAACUAGCAGAGGGAUUUAAUGGGGCUGAUCUACGAAAUGUGUGUACUGAAGCCGGCAUGUCAGCUAUAUGUGCACAGAGAGAUUAUGUGAUUCAUGAAGAUUUCAUUAAGGCUGUCAGGAAAGUAAACGAGGCGAAGAAAAUAGAGACAAAAGCUAGUUAUAGUGCUGACUUUGGAAAGGAUUGAUCAAGAGCUAAGUGAAGAUUGUAUGUAAAUUUCAUAGCUGUACCUUGUAAAUAAUUAAUUUCUAUUCUUUCAUAAUUUGUAGUAGUAGUAUAUUACUAAUACUUCACAAUAUUUUCCUAUUAGUUUUAGGUUUUGUUGCCAGCUUUUUUUUUUCAGCAAACAAUUUCAGUAAUUGUG